UGCGCAUGCUCAGAGCGCUCCUUUCAAACUGGUGAACGUUACAGACGCUCUGUGGUUACAUAUCUGUGGUGUGUGUUCAGCAACGCUAAGUCGGGCAAAGCUUAGAUGUUUCGUCAUUUAAAAAAAUAAAUUGCAGCUUAUAUUAAUAUCUCCGCAAUGGAUGGAUCAAGUGAGUGGGAACUUAGUAAAGAAAAUGUUCAACCUCUUCGACAAGGGCGACAAGUUUCCUCAUUGACAUGUGCAUUGCAGCAUACCCCUACUGACUCGCUCCAUAUCAAACAAAGUAGAGAUGCCUUUGAAAAGCAGCUACGUCUGUAUCAGGGUGAUGAUCCUUUGGAUGUUUGGGAUAGCUAUAUCAAGUGGACAGAACAGAACUUUCCACGUGGAGGUAAAGAUGGCAAUUUGACAGAUCUCCUGGAGCGGUGCCUAAAACGUUUUAAGGAUAAUGAAGGCUACAAAAAUGACCCCAGAUUCAUCCGAAUUUGGAUAAAGUUUGCCAGUCUCAUGGAUGACCCACUGCAAAUCUAUGCCUUUAUGUUUGAUCAAAAUAUUGGAUGUGCACUGGCGGCUCUGUAUGAAGAAUGGGCAGGCUUUCUAGAACGCCUUGGCCAUGCUAGCAAAGCAGACCAGAUUUAUCUCGAAGGCAUCAAACGAGAGGCUCAGCCUAUUGAUCUUCUGAAGCACAAGCACCAAGAGUUUCAGAUCCGUAUGAUUAGAGGCAUGUCACGUGAGAGCCUUGCAGAGACUGAGGAAGGUGACAUGGAAGAACAACGAAUCGUGCUGGGGCAGCUGAAAGCUGACAGGAAAAACCGUGUUGGAACUAUGAGGACAGGCGCAAUCAGAAUGAGUGCUACCAGAAGUCAAGUAGGGCUACAAAGUGCCUCACAGUCCAGUACUCAGGUGCAACGGACAGUGCAAGUAUUUCAGGAUGAAAAUCAAGCUCCCAGCCUGCUUCAGACUGGGGAAUGGAAGACAGUGCCAUGUCGAGAACAAACCAACCGUGAGAAUGAUCUUGUUCCUGACAUUUGGACUAAAGCCAGAGUGCAUCAGAAAAAGGGUGUCAUUAGUUGCACUCCAGCACCUCUGACUUUUAAGGUGCACGAGGAUCAAGAGAUGGUGCAGCCUCCAAGAGCUCCAGUACUUGACACUUAUGCUCUCAGUUCACGCAAAGUUGAAAAGCCAGUGCAUUUGUUGGAUCCCAUUUGUAAGAGUGAGUCUAGUAAUGUAGAACGACCUGCUUAUUGUAAAGACAAGAUUUACUGUGGGACUCAGGAGUUUUCCUUUGAGGAAAUCCGUGCUUUGAGAGUGAUGGAGCGUCGGCGUCAGAAAAAGCUUCAAGAGGAACGUGAUCUGAUGGAAAAGCAAUUGGCAGAGAUGCGUUUGAUGAGGGAUCAGAUGUGCAAAGACAUGGAAAGGAUGAAAGAGGAAGCAUUGCUUUUGAACCAAAGACAGCCUACAGCAACUCACUGUAUGCAGCUCCAAUUAUCUGCACAAGAUAAUGCCUUCCAUUCAAGCAGUAGCAGUUCCUUCAACACCAUGGACUUUCUGUCUUCGAGUCUGAUGCCAACAAGAAAUAGACAGUCUUUGAGAUUAUCACAGAUCUCUUCUACGGUGCAGGUAGGAGCACCAUCAGGACAUGCUAGUACGCAGCUAACUCCCAUUCAUGACAUGCUGGCUUCAGAUAACUUGGAAAGGUCAUGUGGCAGUGGGACACAAUUUAGCCUCCAUCAAUCUCAUUCUGAUGGACGCACUCCUGAGAACAACACUUCUAAGCAUAGCUUGCACUCAGUCUCGCCUACCAUCAACACAAGGGAGGCACUGCAAAUGGUACAGGGCAUGUAUAAUGCUACACUGGACUGUGAGAAAAUGGUAUGGACACAAGAGGACAUUACUGAAGCAACAGCACCUGUGCCACCUGUUCCUGUGGAAAUCUACGAUGAAACUAAGCAGAAUCCUUCCACUUCAUCCAUCCCAAUAUUUUGCGACCAGGAGAACAGACUUCCAGGAUUAGUUUUUAGCCAGAUAAAGAAAGAUGGUCCUUCUCUAAAUCUGGCUAAUGUAAGAAAAGCCCUUCCGGAAAAACCAAUGUCUACUUCAUCUAGCUUGAUUCGGGGUGGUCAGUUUAACACAGAAGAUUUCAUGCAGGAAGGGACAGAGCUGUACAAUAACCUGACCUUAACCCUGGCACCUGUUGGCUCCCAAGAUAGCUUUAGUGCUGCUGCUCGUUUAGCGUCUACUCCAUUUGGUCCAUCCACUAAUAACAGCCAUGGCCUUCCUACUUUUUCACUUGACUCCAGCAAGUCUAUUGAUCCAGGAAAAGAGAACGGUGAGAUGUGGAAGGGAAAAUGCCACACAGAAGAGCAACAAUCAGUUUCCCAAUGUCCUGACCCUCACCAGCAGCAAACAUUUCUGGGUCAUCGCACCACAGCAGGCAACAAUCAUCUGAGUCCCAUAACAGAAGGAAGCACUGAGGGAAGCACUGAGGAGUCCAAGUCCCAUGCAGCUAGCUCCCUUGGGGGUUCUCGCACCUUUUUUUCUACUUUAGCUAAGACCUCGGCAGGACAUGACAACCAAGGAGAUUUCCUUUCUAUGACUUCACGUGAUUAUCUCAAUGAGGAGAGCACUGAACAGCACAUCAUUGAUACUACUGCUUACAUUCCAUUAGAGCAGUAUGAGAAAGCAGAAGCACUUCUGUCGACAUCUGUCUGUCUGGACACACAUAAUCCAUUUGAUGAGGCCACCACAAGGACACUGCUCAGCUCUGUACAGCCUCCGAUCAGCUGUAGAGCUAACUACAUAGCAUGCCAUCAACAUGUCCCUAAUUUCAGCAACUGCCAUUUCAUCAAUCUGGGAGAAGACACCUACCAACUAGCUGGCUUGAUUGGGGAAGGGGGCUUUGCUAAAGUAUAUCGUGCUACAAAUUUUGGAAACAAUUUUGAUGAUCUGUCUGAUGAUGAGAUGGAUUCCCCAUCCUGUGUUAUAAAGGUCCAGAAACCUGCUGCACCUUGGGAAUUUUACAUCUGUUCUGUCGUCCAUGAGCAGUUGUCCAAACUCCAAAUCCCCAUGGACAUUCGACCUUCACUGCAGGAGAUAACCCAUGGCUACUUCUAUGACGAUGGAAGUUGUCUUGUGAGCGAACUAUGUCCCCUCGGCUCUUUGCUGACACUUGCCAACUCGCUGAAACAAGACAAAAAGCUGUUGGCUGACCUUGAACCACUAGCUGCAUUUUUGGCAGUGCAGCUGUUAAACAUUGUGCAUGGGCUCCACCGCUGUAACAUUAUCCAUGGAGACAUCAAGCCUGACAAUAUUCUUCUUCUACAACUUCCCCAGGUAAAUAAGGGAAGUGAUAUAGACAAAGUGUUUGGUCAUCAGACUCAGGUGCUGCGGCUUGUAGAUUUUGGACAAGCUAUUGACAUGUCCCUUUACCCUCCUGGCACCACUUUCCUGGCCAAAGUAAAGACUUCAGGCUUCCAGUGUAUCGAGAUGAUGACCGACCGACCAUGGACAUUUCAGACAGACAUGUUUGGGCUUGUGGGCUCACUGCAUGUGUUAAUUUUUGGACAGUACAUGAAGGUUUACUCCUCUCAGGGCCACUGGUACAUCACUAGCAGCUUCCAGCGGAAAUGGAAGGUUGACUUGUGGAAGAAGCUGUUUUACCAGCUGCUCAACAUUCCAGAUUGUGACCACCAGCCAGAUCUUCUGGCACUCAGCCACCAGUUCCAGCAGCACUUUGUGGACAAUCUUCUUUGUGACUUUCGACCUUUAAUGGCCCGCGUUACUGCUGUGUGCCAGGCAGACAGUCUCUAGGGCUGUUGUGGCUGAUUAUUAUGACUUGAAAGAGAGUGGUGGGUGCUGAGCUGUCCUAUGACACUCAGUAAUCAGAGUACUUGAUUGGAAACAACAAUGAAAAUGUUAUGACUUUAUCAGAUUUGUGAGAUGUAACCUCUUUAAUUUGUCUUAUUCAGUUUUAGGGAUGAACAUGCAUGCAUCUUCCCAUACAUUCUCCCUGCACAUGUCGAGAGCAGCACACAAAUCUGUGUUGAAUUAGUGGUGAAGGAGAUAUCAUUUCACAUGUACCUGACCAUGGAUUGAAGGUACUUCAUUGACACCUCCAUCAUACCUCUCAUGAAUAAGACAGGAGAAUUUUACAUAUUUCUGCAUGAAACCCAGUAGUAAAGAUGAUACAUGUAUAAAAUGAUUGGAGACUGGAAGACAACACAUCAAGUUUGUAUACUUGUGUUUUGUGUGCUGAUUACAGUAGUAAAGAUAAAUGUAUAAAAUGACUGAAGGACAACAAUCAAGUUUGUGUUUUGUGUGCAGGCUCACCCUGUUAUCAUCUUGACCUGUGAUGCACAUUGCUAGUCUUAUUCAUGCAUGUACUUUGCAACAUGGCACACACAAGAUAAACUUGAAAAAUAGUAGUGUACACAAAAAGAAGUGUUCAUACUAAAGUAGCACUGAACAUCGAUAGGCUCAUUCAAAUAGAUCAAUAGACGUCAUUGAAACGCUCAAUAAAUUUUAGUACAUGCCACUAACCUCCAGCAGCUAGAAGAUAGAACAAUUAGAGCUCUGGAGAGGUUGCGUAGUUUUCAACUGAAACUUGACCCCGAUAAAUGUAUUUUUGCCACCACAGAGAUUAGACACCUAGGAUACCUCAUCUCCGCAGAAGGCAUUAGGCCAGACCCUGAAAAGAUCGAGGCUCUGACCAGUUGGCCUGUCCCCAAAACAGUGAACUACCCCGCGCACAAGCGAGAAUUUCUCGCUCUUACAUGGGCCUCGACGGAGAAAUUUCAUGACUACAUCUAAGGCUCCCGCAUCACCGUAGUUAGCGACAACAACCCGCUUUGCCAUGUGCUGAAGAAUGCAAAGUUAGACGCCGUUAGCCACAGAUGGUUGAGCCACUUGGGGAGAACAGACGGCGGGGUGGGGAUGACCACUGGCGCCACGUGAGCAGGGAAAAGUCGUGACGAGACCAUGGGGGCGAAAGGGAGAAUGGUUCUGGAAUGUUCGACAAGGAUAGGCUAAGUAGUGUAGCUUUACACUUGAGAGAAGCUGCUUGAGUUUGGAAGUGAGUGGAGAGAUGGCAGACCAGCCGCCGAAUGAAACUCUGAAUAAAACCUGUUAUGCGG